CUGAAGCUGGCGAACUGGCAUCACGGAUUCACAUAAUAUAAACAUUGAAGAUAAGGACAAUGUUGGUGUCCUUUCUGAUAGUGCUGAAUGCACUCGGAGCAUUUAGUGUGCCAAAACCUGAGAUCAUAGAUGACACUCACAGCAUUCCCAAAAUCAAUGAGGCCGCAGGUUUACACCUGCUUGAAGGAGACAUCAUGAAAGGUCACCUCAGAAGCUCUACAUCGGAUGGUGACAAGAGAUGGAACACUUCUGUUCCUUAUUGGCUAGAUGACAGUCUUGAUGUGCAUGCCAAAGGCAUCAUUUUGAGGGCAUUUGAGCAGUUCAGGCUGAAAACAUGCAUCGACUUCACUCCAGCACUAAGUGAAAACAACCCCUACAUCGACAUUCUAAAGGAUGAUGGAUGCUGGUCUUAUAUCGGAAUGGAUGACCCUCAUGGUCAGCAUCUUUCUAUUGGAAAUGGCUGUGAAUAUAUUGAAAUUGUGGAGCAUGAACUUCUCCAUGCACUGGGAUUCUACCAUGAGCAAUCGAGAUAUGACAGAGAUGAACAUGUCACAAUCGUCUGGGACAACAUCCAAGACGGGAAGGAAGGCAAUUUUGAUAAAGCCAGUGCGGAGGAGACUAGCCUCCUCAAUACUCCAUAUGACUACACAUCUGUCAUGCAUUAUGUCUCCGACGCAUUCUCUAACGGAAAUGGAAAUGGGACCACCAUCAUCACGAAGAACCCAAAGUUUCAAGAUGUGAUCGGCAAAAGUGUAGAGAUGAGCAACACGGAUACACUGGAACUUAACAGGCUUUACAGCUGCAAUAGAGCAGUGUCCUUUGUUGAGCACUGCAGCUUUGAUGAUAAAGCCAUGUGUGAGAUGACUGUCUGCUCCAGAGGUUCAUCUGAAUGGAAGAGAGUGAAUCGAACUGAUGGAGGUCCCCAUUCAGACCACACCUACCUGGGCACUGACAAGCAGGGUCAAGGCCUCUUCAUGCACUUCAGCACAGUGACAGGAGAAGAAGGGGAUUCCUCCAGGCUCAUAACCAGGAUGGUGACUCCCAGUAGACCAUGCCAAAUCCAGUGUCUUCAGUUCUACUACUACUACAACGGCAAUGAGAUGGACCAGCUCAACAUCUGGAUCAGAGAAUUUGACAACAAAUACGAUGUAGAAGGAACUCGCAAACUCAUGGGUCAAAUCACAGCUUCCCCAGCUGAUUACUGGCAGCUCCAUCAUGUUCCCCUGAAUGCCACAAAGACCUUCCAGGUGGAGUUUGAGGGCCGCAAGGGAGCAGGAGCUUCAAGUGGGGGCUUCUCUGUCGACGAUAUAAACCUCUCAGAAACUGAAUGUCCCCAUCACAAAUGGCAGAUACGUAACGUUGAGAAGCUAUUGAACGACAGUGAUGGUAACGAUACCUCUAUGAUUAGCCCAAGAUACUACACAACUGAUGGUUAUGGCUAUCAAGUUCAGCUGGAUUUGGGCAUGCCAUAUUUUGGCAUGUAUGUGCGCCUGGUGUCUGGGGACUAUGAUGACCAGCUAGAGUGGCCGUUGGCAUGGAGACAGUUUACAGUCCUGGUGGUGGACCAGAAUCCAAACAUGCAGCAGCGCAUGUCGAAGCAGAGCAGUAUGACUACAGAUCCAAGAGACAACUCAACACUUUGGCUUUGGGGCAACCCUCGAGAGAAUGGUGAAAUUGAAGUAGAUGAAAAUGGUGAGACAUUUUACGCCAACGCUUAUGCAGACGGAAUAUUCAUGAGGUUUGAUGACCUUCAGGAGAGGGACUUUUUUAAAGGAGGUGAUGUGUUCAUCUCUUUCUUCAUGCAAGAUAUUAGGCCUCUGUCCACAAAAAUCUCCCUGCCCUGCCCCACCAUUCCACGGCUGAACAUCACAUCAGUUCCUGAGGACAGUGACUACUCAUGUGCAAGCGCUCAAACUCCUCCUCCUUCCACUACCAACCCAGAGGACCCUGAUAAAGAGCCUUGUGACAGCAUUUUCUGCAGCUUCUCUCCGAAGAUGGCCGGCUCCCCCCUCAUCAUGCUCUUCACUUUGCUCCUGUUGCUGGCUCACUGAUGCCCAGAACAGGCUACCUGCAUCAUGGUCUAGACCUGUGGAGCACAGUAACAUGCUUUUGGAUGACAGUACAUCAAGUUUAGUGCUAUGGAUAAAUACGCCCCUUGCAAAUUGUAACACUUAAGUAGGUCUUACUUUAGGAGCAUUUGUAGCCCUAAUUGUAAUUGCGGAGUAGUCAACCUCUGGCAGCAACAGUCAGAAUCAACAAAGCAGCCCAUUUUAGUCACAUGUCCAAUGUAUAAGAUUACAGUAUAUGCUACAAAUUGAAAAGGGGAAUUUUGUUGUUGGUUUUAAGUAAAUCAGACCAUUUUUGUUAUGGCCAAAAAAAGACAUUGACCCUUGACCUUGACCUGAUAUCGGCAAAAAGUCAAAAGGAGUAAUGUAGGAGUCAUUGCCCAUUUUUCUGAAACAUAAAUCCAAUUUGUAGUUUUAAUAGGCCUAUAAUAUUGCCUUCAGAGAAACCAACCGAAAACCAUACCUUUCCCCGUCUCUAGAAGGGCAGGGUAUACAAUUAUUUAAUUUUAAUGCCCUUGACUGUGGAUGGAGUUAACAUGUCUUUUUAUUGCACUAUCCCCAUUUUGCCACUUGUACUACAGUUCAAUUCCAAAUACCUUGAGCACUCCCCUUUGCUUAUCAUAGGAACAGUGUCAAGGAGUCUUUUAAAACAGACAGUCGCUGGGAUGGUUGGUUGUUUUCAUAUAUAGAUUUGUGUAGAGAUACACAAAGGGCAUAAGGGGAUGAAGCGUUCAUUAGGUUUAUACUGACCUUAUGGUUUAAAGGUUAUAUAAUAUACUAUAUAUAACAUUUUCCUUUUACUUCACAUUAUGGUUUUUAUUUUAGUUGUGAUGAAUUUAGCUGCAUAAUUGAACAUCGAUCUCAGAUUGGAGGGUUGAACUUAGUUUGUUGAAGGUUUUUUUCCCCCCAACUAGACUAAAAUACUGUGCUAGAUUUAGGGUUCAAGAUUCAAGGUAGGGCCUAUAUACUAAUGUAAAGAAGGAACAAUAUGCAGUAACAAGUAGGCUAAUGAAUCAGCUGAAAGGGCUUUUAAUAGUCACUACGGUGGUUG